AUUCUCUGACCUUUCCUCCAUGCUGAUAGGCGGAGCGGCGCAUGCGCACUGUGGAGAAAGGGGGAGGACUGGAGGUCGAACAGGAGAAUAGUUUUAUUUAUUAAUAAUUUCUCCGCGGGUUUUGGGUUAAAAUGCCGCUGGACCACGAUAAGGAUGUGUACACCGAGCCCCCGCCCCGGACUCCGGUGGUGGAUAAGCAGACGACGCUUCCUAAUCCCGCUUUAAUUCUGGCCAAACUGUUCUACUACUCUGUGGAUCUGCCUGUGACCACUUUCAGGGAUACAAUCGACAGCAUUCGGGGCAAGAACAAGUACUACUACUACCACCAGAAGUUUCGUCGUGUGCCAGAGCUGAUCGAGUGCCGGGAGGGUGACUACGUCUGCUAUUAUGAAGCAGAGAUGCAGUGGAGAAGAGAUCAUAAGGUGGAUCAGGAGAUUGUGAAGAUCGUUCAGGAGCGUGCUCGUGCCUGCCAGCAGCGUGAAGGUCCCAGCUACCAUCAGAAUUGUGUCAAGGAGAUUGAGCAGUUUAAGGAAGUCUCCAGGGCAUACCAUUCACGCUAUGGGGACCUUGGUGCUCAUGCGAGUGGAAGGAAGUGCUUGAUGAAGCAGAAAGAGAGGAUGAUAGAGGCGCAGGCAAAGGCACAGAACGCAUAAACUCUGAUUUCUUAUUUCAGCUCUGUUCUGCUUUCUCUUAUGUCUGUGUAAACAUGUAAAAUAAAUAAGUUUAUUGAAA